AUGCAUCUAGCAUUUUUUCCUGGGGAAGUGUCUCUGCGUCUUGGAGCAACUCUUCACGAUGACGGCAAUGCAAACACAACGGGGUCGGUUCAGGUCAAAGGCCGGCAGGUUGCUGAGCUUCGGCGAAAUUUGAGCGAGGCUGCGCUGCAACCUCCACAGGUUGUCUCGUGCACAGUAGCCGACCAUACUAGGGGACGCACUGCUGGGGUAAACAGCGUUGUGCUGUCCGCGAAGCAACUCUCCACGACUCUGCAGUGUGGGACGGGAGCCACAGCUGUUCCGGUGCUACUCACAGACGUGUGCUACCCACCGGAUCAGGAAAAUGUAGAGGCGUGCAAAGCAGCGGGUACGAAUCUGCGAGAGCUACUGCAGGCUACCAACAAGGUUACAUGGACUACCACAACACUGCCAGAGCCGUCGGAAAAAAGAGACUCGAGGACACUGGAGCUCACGUUGGAUGACCUGCCCUAUAGCGACACAACCUUCUUCGCAGGCUGCAGAAGCACGGAACGGGAAAAACAGACAUGCAAAGUAGAUAUUACUGUGCUGGCGAGGUCUUCCUCCGUCGACAGAAAUGUUGUGGCAUGCGCCUACGGCGCAGAGAGCAACCCUCGUGCCCUGAAAGUGCAGAUGACAGAAGAGAAUAACACCCUCACCAUUAAGUGUGGAAAAGAUGGCACUAUCCAGCCGGCGAACUACAAAGAUCGCUACUGCGAGGACGAGAAGCUCUCGCCGUGUUCCAGGAGCUACAAGGAUAUUUUGCCCAGGUUCGACAGCCCGUGGUGGACAAAGGAGGGAGAGACAGCUGCACCUGUCUUGAAGCUGACGGUCCCGAGAGAGGAUUUUCCGGUGGAGGACCAGACGUUUUAUGUUGGCUGCACUACCAAUGCGAAGAACGUUGCCGAGAAGGCCUCUGGUGACUCUGGCGCUGGCGACGAGGAAGGCAAAAACCCCGGCAACGUCCCACGUCUUGCAAGGUGGUAG